UUCUGGAGCGCUUUUUGGUGUGCUUUCGAUUGUACGACUCUGUUUUGUCAUGAUGCUUUCUUUCUUAAAUAUGAACUAACAGUUCCGUGCUGCUUCCACACAAUAACUAAAAUAAUUCUUAUUUGGUAGCUACUCCGUUAAUUCUGCGUGUCCUGUUCAAUGUCAGGAAGCCUCAUUAGUCAGCGUGAAGAGCAGCCAGUGUUGGUCCUUACCUGUCAGCGAGAUUCACACCCUUUUCAGGACCGCAUAAUUAUACUAAAUGAGGUAAUAAAAGUUGGACGUUCAGUGGCCCGCGCCAAACCUACAAAAACCAAUGCCAUCUUCGACUGCAAAGUCUUGUCAAGAAGUCAUGCAUUGAUAUGGCACAAAGGAGAUCGGUUUUGGUUACGUGAUACAAAUAGUAGCAAUGGAACUUUUGUCAAUAACACAAGAAUAGUAAAAAAAAAUGAUGAAGAUUUUGCCGACCGUGAGAUAUUCUCCGGUGAUAUCAUUCGUUUCGGAGUAGAUGUCGUUGAACAUGAUACAACUCACGGCUGCAUCAUAGCUCAAGUUGCUUUGUAUCAUCCUAAUGGAGCGGAAGCAAAACAAAGCGUUGAUUAUGUCAGUAGUAAUAAUGCUUUGACUGGUAUCGAGACACUCCAUACUGAACAAAUGUUCCGCUUCACACAUUACAUUAGCGAGGCUUUAUUUCGGGAACAAGUUCUGGACACAAAACUUGAGUCUAUCAAACGGCUCCUACAAGAGGCACAAGAAAUUUCUGAGGCUGGUUGGCAAGCUAUGGUGGAUGAAGAUCGACUUUUGGAGAAGCUAAGUCUCUAUGAAACCCAAUUGUCUUUAUUGAAGCAAGAUUUGCCCGAGAAUUCGUUACAGUCGCAUCUAAUGCAGGCUCUAGAAGAAAAAUUUAAUCUUGAGAAAGCCAGUAAAAUAAUGUUGGAACGCCUGUUAAACGAAAAAGCGGAAGUUUUUAGCAAAGCUACAGAUCUUGAGCAUUCUUUGGUCGUGUCUCAAAAAGAGUGCAUUCGCCUUCGCCAAGACUACGAAAAUAUCCAAGAAGCGUACCAGAAUUUGGCGAACGAUAAGCAGUCGAAGCAAGUGGCAUCAGAGGGAUCAAAGGAAGGCAAAAUCGAAAAAUCUGAUGUGAAAGUCGAGACGGACCAGCGUAAAGAUGAAAAAGUGCUUGGAAAAGUUUUCGACCAGUUUCUAUAUUCUGAUCAUAGAGCAAAUAAUAGACAAGCCCUUGAUAGUCAUAACGGUAAUGAUGCAAGCAUUCUUAUGAAUGGUUUAGACAAUGGCAUUUCGAAAAUCCCUGAAAAUUAUGAUGAUAAGUUAAAUAAUAUCAACGAACGAUUCGGUAUGCAAAAUAAUUUCGAUCUAUUAAAAUCAUCGGAACCUGAUAAUUUCUGCGGUGUUCAAGGGCAACAUGUCACAACAAAUGAUGAAUCUCAUAACGGUCAUACAUCUAUUCGGAUAAUUGAAGGUAUUCGGCUUUUCAGUCAAUCAAAUCAAUUAAUUAAAUUGCUCCAAGAUGAAUUAAGUAUUUUGGCCAAGAUAAAAAGGUCAAAUGAAUCAACUCUUUCCUUACCGGUGAAUUCUGACUCAGCUACAAACAAUAUUGAUUCUUUUGAGUCUCUUGAUAAUGUUGAUCCUGAUAAAACUUCAUUGAAAAGACUCGAUGUUAUUAAUUGUAAAGAAAAUUUCGAAACUGCCUUACAGCGUGCAACAGAGUAUGCUACUUUAGUUGCCAAUCUUCAACGUCGUGUAUGCGCUGAUUUAAAUUCUUUGUGUUUACCACCGAAUCUUCAUAAUAAUCCUGAUAUUUUUAAUAUUCACAAUGAUUUAUGUAUACCUCCGGUUGAAUUCAGGACGUCUCAUAUAACUAAAAUGGAUGUUUGUCUAGGAACAGAAACACUUGCCGAUCAUAUUCAAUCUACUGAAGUGGAUGGGACAGCCAACCAGAAAAUUGAAUUUAAUCACUUGCAAGCGUCCGGAAUGGGUAAAGAUUCACAUACAGAUGAAGAACUUUCAAAACUACACAAUGAGCUAAUGGAAUCCGUGAAUGAGAUUGAAACUUAUAAACAGUUGACCGAAGAUUUAAGAAAACAAGAUGCCGCUAAAGCAGAGUUAUUGUUAUUAGUUCGAGGAGAAUGUGAUGCACUAAAAAAUCGAAUCGCUGUAAUUGAAACGGAUGUAGCAACAAGUCGUGCUGAUCAUCAUCGUCUAAUAUCUGAAACAAGAAGAGCACAAGCAGAAGCAAAUGAAUUGUUACUUGAACGUGACAAUUUGUCGAAACAACUAGAUACUGCUAAUAAUCAAAUAGAACAUUUACAAAAGCUUCUUGCCAGUACACUUUUGUGUGAUACCAAAACACAGAUUUCUAACAAGAAUGCUAUUUCCAAUGAAAUAUCCACUGUAAAUUCUUUAAAUGAUAAUCUUUGUCCAACUAACCAAUAUCCUACUAGAGCUAGCAACGUGCCAUUGCAUGAACAUUAUUUCUCAUUAUUUGCUGUCAUUCCUGUUAUGGUAUUGAUUUGUGCGUUCAUCGUAUAUAUUUUCUUGAAGUUUGUUCGAUGACCAUCUGAUUAUAUGACUUGUAUACAACUGGAUUCUCUAUACUAUUCUCCUGCUGUUAAUAAAAUCACACACUAGUAAUAAUGCUAAUAAAUCAUUUUGAUUAGUUUCGAAACCAAUAAAGGUAGUUCAGUGUGGGAAUUUGAGAAAUGUGUGCAUUCAUAUUUCAGUCAGCAAUUUCGUGAAUUUCUACUCACUAUAUUAUACUUGUACCAAUAUGUAUUGUUUGUCUCGGGGAUUAUUCAUCUUGGUUCAAUCUAUGAUCAGUUCAUCGACCAAGCAACCAGCUUUUUACUUGUAUCACCUCUUAUCAUUUUUCAUUAAUAAACACCUGUUUUUUAUACAUUUGUGUAGUUGAUAUAAAUCAGUAUGCUUACUAUUGUACAUUUAAAGCCAAUGACUGUCAACAGUUAUUCAGUUUGUUUCUUCCCUGUCUGUAGUUACUUUAGAGAUUUCCAAAAAACCGCUUUUCCAUUAUUCUCUUUCUAUUACUAGUAUCAUUAUUGAAAUGUAUUUCCUGUUACCAUGAUAAAUUUUGCUAUUCUUUAUUGACACAAUUAAACUGAAAUGUCACUGGUAAUAGUUAUAUAUAUAUAUAUAUAUAUAU